UGGGAGCUCCUCCCCGCCUCUCCUCAGGGAAGGAUCCGCUUAGGAACGCCUGGCUUUUCCCGUCGAGGGAGGCUGGCUGGCUGGCUUCUGCUGAGUCACCCCCCGAGGCUUCGCGGCGUCUUCUUGGAGCGCCCGGUCCCGGUUCGGCUCCGUUCCUCUUUGGCCAGCCCGGUUCUUUUCGCGGUUUCUCCCUCCCGCCAUCUUCUAGCCACUGGGUCGCUCCAUCUCUACGCCGUUCUGGCGAACUCUGUAGGUCCGGUAGAAACUCCACAGCCUGCAGGGAGAGAGAGAGUGCAGUGGAUGUUCUCUGACAAUGGUGGAGAUUGAGGAGAAUCUCCAAGCAGCUUUUAAAAAGCUAAGAGUUGAUUCAGAAGGGUCUAGUGGUUCUCCCGUGAAUGAGGGGGCACCUACAAGAACAUUGGCAAAAACUUCAGAUGAAACCAAAGUGAAGUCUGUCUUUGCGUCCAAAGAUAGCUGGCAUUGGUGUUUGAAAAAAACGUUGAGAGGGACAAUGAGACUGCAGCGCCGCCGGCGGUCAAAGUCUCCAGUUCUCCAUCCUCCAAAGUUCAUCCACUGUACUACCAAAAUGCAGAAGAACCCAGUAGAUAUUUCUGACAGCAGUGGUGUCUUGGGUGUGACAUCUACAAAGGAAUUCUCUAAGAAUGAACAGGCUAGUCAUCCCUUCAAUGAUACUGGAGUGAAGCAAACUAGUGUCAUGCCUUCUGGGACAUCCAUGGUUGGAGUGAUGAAAAAUGCACCUGAAAAUGGCCCUGCCAAUAUUCUUCGUACAAGCAUUCUAAAGACCAAAAAUCUUUCCGAUUUCCAAACAGUGUCUGAGCAGAACAAAAGGGGUCUGUGUGCAUGUGUAGAUGAAGCCUGCCAGUGUAAGCAGUGGCAGGAUAUGAAAGUGUACAUGUUUUCUGGCCUACAAAACACUCCUCAGUCGACGCCAGAAAGAAUAGUACAUGUGCAAAACACUUCCCAAACUUUACCAUCAAGAGCUCCCUCCAGCUCUCUCAGGUCUUGCUCUGAGCAAGCGAGAGCUCAUGUUGAUGAUGUGACUAUUGAAGACCUUUCAGGGUAUAUGGAAAAUUUCCUAUACAUCCCCAAGAAAAUGUCCCACAUGGCUGAAAUGAUGUACACCUGACAGCAGUAGGCUCUGGUGAACAAACACCCUUGGUCACACUCUGUCUUGGAAGCAGUUGCUCUCUGUGCUUGUAAUAAAAGCACUUCGCAUCACACAAUGUCCUUUUAUUUUUCCUGCUCCAUCAAUUCAGAAAACUGAAAUUCAAAACACAAACUGAGGAAAGAUACGGUCUUGUAUAGAAUAUAGUUUGGAAAAAAUGUUGAGACUGGUAGGUUGCAGAAUUGCAGUUAGUCUGUAAGAGAAAUGAGAAGUGCUCUGUGUUUUGGGCCAGAUAGAUCAUCUUGCAGUGUUUUACAAUGAUAGUUUAAAAUACUCAGGUCCCAUAGAUCCUGUCAGCCAGGCCUGGAGAACCAGGACCCUUCAAAUGUUGAAUGACUGCUGCUCCCAUUAGUUAUAGUCAGUGUGGUUAGUGUUGAAAAAUAAUGAUAGCUGCAGUCCAGCAAUAACUAUAGAGCUGUAUGUUUCUCAUCCUUGCUGUGGAAUUGAAUAUUGGCUGAAAAGUCUAAUGUCUUUUUCUUUUGUUUUACUCCACCCACCCCCAGUAUUGGGUUUCUGAGGCAGUCUAAUUGUUAGGAAACAGCAUUAAUCAUCAGUCUAAUAAUGGAAGAAUAUCUGUAUUUAUUCCUUCUAUGCAAUGCAUUGAGUACAUCAUGAAGGGAAUUAUAGAAAUAUACAGGAGAAUGAAUCCUUUAUAAUAAUGAAAUCUAAAUUUGGAUUUCUAGGAGAUAAUGAAGUUUAGUCAUUUUAUGUGGCCACUAGAUGUCAGUAUUGCGCCACAUCCUGUGAUGAAUGUAAUCUCAAGUAGAGAUGUGUGAGGAAUUUCACCUGUUGCAUAUGGUCUGGGGAUUUUUCCAGUCUUUAGCAUCCAGAACUCUGAAAAAUGCAUCCAAUAAAAUGCACGUAUUUUAAAAACAUCAAAGUAUACAAACAGCAUUAGAAAAUGUGGAUGCAUGGAAACAUUAGGUACAAUUUGAAAGAAAUAUGUGCAUUUUAAAGAAUACUAAACGAAAAUGAGGUUUUGUUUAAAAAAAACCACACACAGAGUAGACUAGACCAGGAAGUGGGGAGAGGAGGACUUGACAGAUGUGCACUUUCUAAACCUUGGUCAGUUUUUGUGCAGUGUUCAAACUGUUUGCACCUCAUCUCAAAUUUUUCAGGUGUUGGCGAGAAAGCUCCUUUGUGUGUACAGCCAAAAGAGCAAUACUGUAUAUAUUGAAAAUGUUAGCAUUUUCUACAAGAUACGUGGUGUAAAGUUUAAAUCAAAUGUUAUAAGCUCUUCUGUAAAGGCAACUGUUGUGCUGGGAGAUUUGGCCUAAUAAACUGUGCUACUUCAAAGCAGUA